AUGAAUGAACAACCAUUGAAAGAUACCAUCAUGGAGAUAAGGGAAGGUUUCAUGAUUUCACCAGUUGGUGACAGUAAACAAACCUUUAGAACUGCCCAUUUUCUUAAACCUAUUGCAAGUUCCAUCCAUGAACUUAACUUCAAUGAGAUCAACCUUAACUCAUCAUCAUCAUGUUCUGUUUCUGAAGCAAAGGAGUGGCCUUUGAAAAUCCAUUUCAAUGGGUGGCACUACCCACAUGAGAAAUGGAUUAAGUGGGUUGAUGAACUUCAGCUCAAAUAUGAAUCGGUGUGGAAAAAAGCUUGCAUCUUUGAACCUAUAAUGAGUACUAAGAGCUGCAUAAUUAAAAACCAAGACUUGGUUUGUGGGGUUGUUGAGAAAUGGUGUUGUGAAACAAACACCUUCGUGUUUCUAUUUGGUGAAGCAACAAUCACUUUGGAGGAUGUCAUUGUUUUGGGGGGCUACUCUCUCUUUGGUCUUCCUGUUUUCGCCCACCUUGAAGAUCAAGAGAUGAGAGAGGUGGAACAGAAGCUCAUCAACAUUGAAAGCCAAGAGAGGAUUUCGAAAGGUAUGGCACCUUCUACAUCAGUGUGGAUGGAUAUUUUCAUCGAUAAAGGUAGUGAAGUUGAGCAUGAAGCAUUUCUUGCUACUUGGUUGUCAAUUUUUGUUUUCCCUCAUAAAUACUCUCUAGUGAAAUGUUCUUUGUUUCCUGUUGCUGUUCAUCUAGCUAGAGGGAAUCCUAUUUCUUUGGCACCUGCUGUUUUGGCUAGCUUAUAUAACGAUUUAAGGUUGUUUAAGAACACAAUUGUUGAUUUCAAAAAAUUUCCUGAUAAAUUUCCCUUUAUGCUGGACGUUAAUGUACAAUCACCCUUUUACCUGGUUCAAGUUUGGGUUUGGGAAAGGUUCAAAAAUUUGCAGCCACAACCCAAGUUGGGCAAUAAUCGAGACCAUGUAUUGUUGAGGUGGCAUAAUGUUAAGGCCUUGAAAAUUGACAAUGUGAGGUUGGCAUUAGACUCAGUCAUCGAUGAUUUUAUUUGGCGUCCUUAUGUUCAAUAUGUUGAUAAGUGUGGAGUGUUUUAUCCAAAGGAUGAAACUUUGGUACCAUUUAAGAAAGAUUUGGUAGUAGAACAAAUGCUCUCAUUUGUUAUAUUCUUGAGAGUUUCUGAGCUAGUUGGAUUUGAGUCUAUAGAACAAUAUCUACCACAUAGAGUUGCUAUGCAAUUCGGAUUUGAUCAAGAUGUUCCUGGUUAUGUGUCUAGACUCAAUGAGACUAAAGCCAUUGCUUGGAAAAAUUACUCCAGACCCUUAUCUGAUACAAGUUUAUAUUUUCCAUCUAGAUAUUUUGAGGCUGGUAUUACCUCACGUUACGCAAAGUGGUGGACGAAAUCAGUAUUACGUCCUCAAGGUUUCGUUAAGAAUUUGGAGUCGCGGAAGAGAAGUGCAAGUAUAUCAAAAUGUGAACCUCAUGCUAAUAUUCCACCCGAAUUUCCUUCUCAUAAACUAGUUGGCUGCGCUGUUACUAUUGGAAAAUCUUGUGAUGAUGAUUCAAAUACUAGCCAAGGUGAUAAUAUUGUUCCUUCUGGUUCUAUUCCUAAAGUUUUGAAAACUAUGUACUUUGAAAAAUCUGUUGAAGAUGUUUUGUUAGCUGAGAAAAAUGUUGAGGAUUGUGAGCAUUUGGAAGAUGUUGAUUUUAAAGAGAGCAAUGAGGGAAGGCUGUCCAGUGACACAGUCUGCCAACCUGAGAAUCAAAUUGAAAGCUAUAACUAUUUAUUUGAAGUAAGUGUAGCGGAACUUGAACAGAGAAUUAGCCGACUCGAGAAAGUGGUUACAAAGUUGAAGAUGGCAAGGUUAGGCCAUAGUUGA